GGAGCAAACGACGCUGCGGAGGUGUAUACGCUCUCAGACACAGUACUAUGCAUCCACGUGUUCCAGUUGAAUGAAGAGGAAGGAGUCGACCAGACGAGCGGCGAUUCGGAGGACGAUAAUGUGAUUGCUGCCAACCACUGGGUGUUGCCGGCGCGCGGACUGUUGGGCGUUUGGGAUAGUCUGAUAUACGACAACAACCUCCAACUGAAACUCCUCGACUACGUCUACACGAGCAUGCUGUUCGGCGACCGAUUAGUAGAUCCGAACAUCAUCAGUGUCAACCGGGUGGCGCUGCUGCACGGGCCGCCUGGAACUGGGAAGACAUCUUUGUGUAGAGCUUUGGCACAGAAACUGGCCAUCAGGUUGGCUGAUCGCUACUCAUAUGGGAAACUCGUCGAGAUCAACUCCCACAGCCUAUUCUCCAAAUUCUUCUCAGAAUCCGGCAAACUCGUCAUGCGCAUGUUUCAACAAAUCCACCAAAUCCUCAACGACCAGGACGUGUUCGUCGUCGUGCUCAUCGACGAGGUCGAGUCGUUAUCCGCGGCGCGUAAAGCGGCGUUGUCGGGGAUGGAGCCCAGCGAUGCGAUUAGGGUUGUUAAUGCCCUGUUGACGCAGUUGGAUCAGUUGAGGAGGAGGAGUAAUGUGUUGAUUAUGACUACGUCGAAUAUCACGGAAGCGAUAGACGUGGCAUUCAUAGACCGCGCCGACAUCAAACAAUACAUCGGCCCACCCUCCCAACGCGCACGCUACGCUAUCCUCGCAACAUGCCUCAACGAGCUGGUCAAAAAGGGGUUGAUUGCGGAUCCCGUACGUCUAACCCCCCGUCUUGCCCAACGAACGCCGGAGGAGAGGGAGGUGUCGUUGAUGCUCUGGGACUUGGCUGGUCAAUGCGAGGGCUUCAGCGGUCGAACCCUCCGCAAGCUCCCUUUCCUCGCGCACGCCUUCCACCUCUCCGCGACACCCACGCACCGGUCCGUGUCGCUGAAGGAGUAUGUGGUUGCGUUGAGGGAGACGGUAAGGACGGAGAAGGUGGCGAGGUUGAGUGUGGCGGGGGUGAAACCGGCGGUUGCGACUUUGGGGAGUGGGAUGGAGGCUUUGGGGGUGUGA